AUGGCUUCCUCAUCUGGAUCGACAUCCAGCUCCUUCAAUGUUCCCACCACCAUGUUCCUCCCUCCCCUGAAACUGGAUCGUAGUAACUAUUUCUUUUGUAAAUCACAAGUCCUCCUAGCAAUUCAUGCACACGAUCUUGAGUCUAUGAUUGGACAUGUUCUUCUCAAUCGUAACCGUCCACCACAGAGACUUCCUGAAUCAGCAGGUUCAACCACAAUGAUGAAAGGUUUUGUAGAUGGUCUUCGAGCUAUUGGACAUCCUAUUACUAAUGACCAAUUGAUAUUGUAUAUUCUUCCUGGGGUUGGGAAUGAAUAUGAGAUGGUUGUUGUUAAUCUCACCUCCAAAGAUCCAGUCACCAUACUAGAAGUUCUGUACUUGGUGCACAAUCAUGAAAUGAGGUUGGAACUUAAUCAAGCUACUUCGGUUCUUGAUUUGUCUGGCGCUGCAGCAAAUUUUUCUCAGACAAAGAAACAAUUCAACGACCCUCCACAGAAUAAUUACAAUCGUGGAUCACAAGCCCCAUAUGCAUUUGUUUCCUCUCCUUCUAUAGUGGUUGAUGAUGCAUGGAACCUAGACAAUGGUGCUUCCAACCAUGUCACAUCUGGCAGUUCCAAUUUGCUGCAGAAAAGCAAUUACAAAGGGAAGGAAAAACUGGUUAUAGGUGAUGGUUCUCACCUUUCUAUUGAAAAUAUUGGUUCAAAUAAUGAUGUUGUCAUUGAAUUUUCCUCUGAUGUUUGCCUUGUUAAGGACAAAAUCUCGAAGACCCCUCUUCUUCAGGGCACUAUUAGAACUGGACUUUAUCAUAUUCAAUCUCCUUUCACUCAUCAGUCUAAUCAGUCUUCCAUCUUGGCUUCUGCUAAUCAAGUCAAGCAUGCUUUUGUGUCACAAAAUGUAUUUAAUUCCAAUUCCUGUACAACAUCUUCUUCAGUCACUACUCUUCCAACUUACAUAUCGAUUCCUAUUCUACCUCCUGGUCAACCCUCUAUGCCUCCACAAAAUGACAUACUACUUCCACCAUCAAAUACUCAAAGUCUAAUUCCCUUUUCUCCAAAUGACACAAAUGAGUUCCCAUCUACUUUUCUGUGUCAUACUUUUCCUGAAACUUCUACUCAUAGUGUUCAUCCGACUGUCCAAAAUUCUACUCAACUAGAUCUUCCAUUAGUUGAGUCUCCAUUAGUUUCUCCUCCAUCUUUUCCACAGAUUCUAGAUCCUCCAGCAACCCAAGCUCAAAAAGCUUUAUCAAAUCCAAGGUGGAGAACAACAAUGGAGGAAGAAUACCACACUCUUGUCCAGAAUGACACAUGGUCUCUAGUAUCUGUACAUGUUGAUAUGAACAUUGUACAGAAAAUAUGGGUCUUUAAGACUAAACUGAAGUCAGAUGGCACUCUAGACAAGCUCAAAGUAGGCCUGGUUGCCAAGGGGUUCCAACAGACAGCAGGAGUGUAA